UUUUACCCCCCCGCCCAGCCAUGACUCGUUCGCUCAAUGCCAUGCAUCCAUGCAUCCAUCCAUCCAUAGAUCACAUGUCCCAAAUAUACUACUGUUAAUUACAUAAAGUGAAAUGGUGUAGCAUAGAGUAGGCUGUAGAGACGGGAUGGUUGUUGUAAUGUCUUUUGGUAAGAAGUUGGCGGGGUAGAAACAACAAAACAAAACACACAACUCAGGAGGGAGAGAUUUUUUAUUGUGUUCUGAACACGAACAGUACAUCAUAUAUUAUUAUACGUUUGUAUAAUGACAUGUGUUAUACCGCUUAGCGUGUUCGAGCCAAACUAAAAAAUUCCUAAGAAGGGAAGCGUGUUCGUGAAAAUCUCAAAUGUAGCUGCUCCUCUGCACAAAAGCCAAACGCAACGCACAAAAAACGGAUUAUGCAAUAGAAUUCUAGAGAGAGAGAAACACAAGCACAACACAGAAAACCUCUCUUUCCUCUCUCUCUCUCUCUCUCUGUAUAUGUAAAGUGCAAACUUAAAUGCCCAUUUCUCUAUCUCUCUGAGUUGAAGCAAAUUUUCUCAAGAAAUUAAGGGGAAGAAACUUUGAACUUAGAAAGAAAGAAGGCUGCAAUUUCUCUCACUUGUCCUCCGAGCUGCUUAUUCGGUCUCUCAGAUUUUUUGCUUUACAGCGACAUGUGAAGGGAUUCCUGGCUUAAUAUCAAGCUUGUUAUGUGAAUCUCAGUUUGAUUCGUGGUGCAAAAAUGAAUGUUAAUGGACAUAUGGAAAUGCAUUACCUGGACACGGGCUAUCCUUACCCGCCUACCGAAGGCUUCAUGGGUUUCUUUGACGGUCUUGCUAAUGUACCGAUGAAUUAUGGUCACACCAUGCCGAUGCAUGAUCAGGAAACUGCGUACUGGUCAAUGAAUAUGAAUUCAUACAAGUUUUUACCAUCUGGUCCGGGGAGUACUUCUUAUUACGGUACAUAUGAGGUAAAUGAUCAUUUACCAAGAAUGGACGUCAGCAGGAGGACUUGGGAAUACCCUACAAUGACAAAUCCAGAAGAGCCUGCAACCUCCGACUCACAGCCAGAAGAAGACGCUGUCAUGGAAGCUCAAGCUGUGCCUGAAGAAUGUAUUCAGAAUCAGCAAAAUACAAAUACUUCUGAGGUUGCAUGGCAAGAGGAUAUUGAUCCUGAUACCAUGACCUAUGAGGAAUUACUUGACUUGGGUGAGGCAGUUGGCACUCAAAGCCGAGGUCUCUCUGAAGAACUUAUUAGUUUGCUUCCAUCGUCAAAAUACAAGUGUGGAAACUUCUUUUUAAGGAAAAAAUCCGGAGAGAGGUGUGUGAUUUGCCAGAUGCAGUAUAAAAGAGGAGAUCGACAAAUCACAUUGCCAUGCAAACAUGUCUACCAUAGCGAAUGCAUCAGCAAAUGGCUCGGUAUCAACAAGGUAUGCCCAGUUUGCAACCUCGAGGUUUUCGGUGAGGAGUCAAGGCACUAGAGCAUCAAUUUCAUUUCCUAGCUGAAGCUGAAAUUUUAUCUUCCUUCCCCUUCAUAUGGUUUGGUUAUUUUUUCUUUGCCUAUACAUAAAGUAGUUGAAGACUAUGGUAAGACUAUGGUCCUCCCCCUUUAUCUCUUUCGUUUAACACGCUCCGGUGAAGUAGUAGAGAAAACAAACCCUAUAAUUCAACCUCCUGUAAGUGAAUAUGAGAUUCAAAUUAGAGAUAAAUUACCUGACAAAUUUAUAUUGUGCGUAAAAUCACUGAUUCGCGUCGAAGCUAGAGGUUUAGUUUAUUUGAGCUUGUGUUCUUGAAAAUGUUGUUAUAUCAGAUUCAUGUCAGUUUAUUUAGUUAAUUUUAUAGUUUUGGAUGAUUGA